GUCGCGCGGGAAGGUGCGUUCCAUCCAGCGGAAAAGUCCGGGUCGCGAAUCUCCAAUCAGUUGGAUUAUUUCAUGAACCAAAAGGACUUAGAAUCUGAUCGGUAGAUCCCGAUACAAAAGAUCUAUGGGGGGUAGUUGAUCGAGCAGAAUCAACUCAAUACUCGGGGUUGAGCAGUGAUUUUUGUCCCCCCGCAAAGAGGAUACUGAUUAUUGGAUAAGUGAUUCCUAUAGUGAUAACUAAAUUUUUGUGAUAAGUGAUUUGGGGGGCUUCCGGUUCAAAAUGAAUCCAAAAUAUGCAACCUGUUUGUUACUAUUAGUGUGCCUGGCGGCAGUGCAGUGCCGUGUUGUGGAUCGAUUUAGGAAAUCAUCAAUCGGAUAUGCCCGAUAUGGCCCGGGAGUGCAUAAUGUGUUCACAUAUCAACCUCCGCCGAAAAAAUCAGAAGUAGAUCAUUUUAUACCGCCAGGAAGAAGAACAACUACAACAACUACUUCAACGACUACAACGACUCCAGCAACAACAACUACUGUAACAACAACAACAACGACGACUCCAGCAACGACAACAACCCUAUCAACAUCAACAACUACUCCAGCAACAACUGUGACGGAUACAACGACAACAGAUACCACAACUACUGCUGCAACUACAGAUACAACUACCACUGAUACGACGACAACGACAGAUACUACAACGACAACGGAAGGAACGACAACAGACACCACAACAACUACAGUUGAAACGACAACCACGUCAGAUACAACUUCAUCCGACACAACAAGCUCUGACACAACAUCUUCAGAUACGACAUCAUCAGACACAACAUCAUCAGAUACAACUAGCUCGGACACAACUUCAUCAGAUACAACUUCAUCGGGUACGACAAGCUCGGAUACAACAUCUUCAGAUACAACAUCAUCAGACACAACGUCAUCAGAUACAACGUCAUCAGAUACAACUAGCUCUGACACAACAUCGUCGGAUACAACAUCAUCUGAUACAACAAGCUCUGACACAACUUCGUCAGAUACAACUUCAUCGGAUACGACAAGCUCGGACACAACAUCAUCAGACACAACAAGCUCCGACACAACAUCAUCAGAUACAACUUCAUCGGAUACAACAAGCUCGGACACAACAUCAUCAGAUACAACAUCAUCAGAUACAACUUCAUCGGAUACGACAAGCUCGGACACAACAUCAUCAGACACAACAAGCUCCGACACAACAUCAUCAGAUACAACUUCAUCGGAUACGACAAGCUCGGACACAACAUCAUCAGAUACAACUUCAUCGGAUACGACGACUCGGACACAACAUCAUCAGACACCACAAGCUCCGACACAACAUCAUCAGAUACAACUUCAUCGGAUACGACAAGCUCCGACACAACAUCAUCAGAUACAACUUCUUCGGAUACGACAAGCUCGGACACAACAUCAUCUGAUACAACAAGCUCUGACACAACAUCGUCUGAUACAACAUCAUCAGACACAACGUCAUCAGAUACAACGUCAUCAGAUACAACUAGCUCUGACACAACAUCAUCUGAUACAACAAGCUCUGACACAACUUCGUCAGAUACAACUUCAUCAGAUACGACAAGCUCGGACACAACAUCAUCAGACACAACAAGCUCCGACACAACUUCAUCAGAUACAACUUCAUCGGAUACAACAAGCUCGGACACAACAUCAUCAGAUACAACAUCAUCAGAUACAACUUCAUCGGAUACGACAAGCUCGGACACAACAUCAUCAGACACAACAAGCUCCGACACAACAAGCUCCGACACAACUUCAUCAGAUACAACUUCAUCGGAUACGACAAGUUCGGACACAACAUCAUCAGACACAACAUCAUCAGACACAACAUCAUCUGAUACAACUUCAUCGGAUACGACAAGCUCGGAUACAACAUCUUCAGAUACAACAUCAUCAGACACAACGUCAUCAGAUACAACGUCAUCUGAUACAACAAGCUCUGACACAACAUCAUCUGAUACAACAAGCUCUGACACAACUUCGUCAGAUACAACUUCAUCAGAUACGACAAGCUCGGACACAACAUCAUCAGAUACAACAAGCUCCGACACAACAAGCUCAGAUACAACUUCAUCGGAUACAACAAGCUCGGACACAACAUCAUCAGAUACAACAUCAUCAGAUACAACUUCAUCGGAUACGACAAGCUCGGACACAACAUCAUCAGACACCACAAGCUCCGACACAACAUCAUCAGAUACAACAUCAUCCGACACAACGUCAUCAGAUACAACGUCAUCAGAUACAACUAGCUCUGACACAACAUCGUCUGAUACAACUUCAUCUGAUACAACAAGCUCUGACACAACUUCGUCAGAUACAACUUCAUCAGAUACGACAAGCUCGGACACAACAUCAUCAGACACAACAUCAUCAGAUACAACUUCAUCGGAUACGACAAGCUCGGACACAACAUCAUCAGACACAACAAGCUCCGACACAACAUCAUCAGAUACAACUUCAUCGGAUACGACAAGCUCGGACACAACGUCAUCAGACACAACAAGCUCCGACACAACAUCAUCAGAUACAACUUCAUCGGAUACGACAAGCUCGGACACAACAUCAUCAGACACCACAAGCUCCGACACAACAUCAUCAGAUACAACUUCAUCUGAUACGACAAGCUCGGACACAACAUCAUCAGAUACAACUUCAUCGGAUACGACAAGCUCGGAUACAACAUCAUCAGACACAACAAGCUCCGACACAACAUCAUCAGAUACAACUUCAUCUGAUACGACAAGCUCGGACACAACAUCAUCAGAUACAACUUCAUCGGAUACGACAAGCUCGGACACAACAUCAUCAGACACAACAAGCUCGGACACAACAUCAUCAGAUACAACUUCAUCGGAUACGACAAGCUCGGACACAACAUCAUCAGACACAACAAGCUCCGACACAACAUCAUCAGAUACAACUUCAUCGGAUACGACAAGCUCGGACACAACGUCAUCAGACACAACAAGCUCCGACACAACAUCAUCAGAUACAACUUCAUCGGAUACGACAAGCUCGGAUACAACAUCAUCAGACACAACAAGCUCCGACACAACAUCAUCAGAUACAACUUCAUCUGAUACGACAAGCUCGGACACAACAUCAUCAGAUACAACUUCAUCGGAUACGACAAGCUCGGACACAACAUCAUCAGACACAACAAGCUCGGACACAACAUCAUCAGAUACAACUUCAUCGGAUACGACAAGCUCGGACACAACAUCAUCAGACACAACAAGCUCCGACACAACAUCAUCAGAUACAACUUCAUCGGAUACGACAAGCUCGGACACAACGUCAUCAGACACAACAAGCUCCGACACAACAUCAUCAGAUACAACUUCAUCGGAUACGACAAGCUCGGACACAACAUCAUCAGACACCACAAGCUCCGACACAACAUCAUCAGAUACAACUUCAUCUGAUACGACAAGCUCGGACACAACAUCAUCAGAUACAACUUCAUCGGAUACGACAAGCUCGGAUACAACAUCAUCAGACACAACAAGCUCCGACACAACAUCAUCAGAUACAACUUCAUCUGAUACGACAAGCUCGGACACAACAUCAUCAGACACAACAAACUCGGACACAACAUCAUCAGAUACAACUUCAUCGGAUACGACAAGCUCGGACACAACAUCAUCAGACACAACAAGCUCGGACACAACAUCAUCAGACACAACAAGCUCCGACACAACUUCAUACAACUUCAUCUGAUACGACAAGCUCGGACACAACAUCAUCAGAUACAACUUCAUCGGAUACGACAAGCUCGGACACAACAUCAUCAGACACAACAAGCUCGGACACAACAUCAUCAGAUACAACUUCAUCGGAUACGACAAGCUCGGACACAACAUCAUCUGACACAACAUCAUCUGACACAACAUCAUCAGAUACAACCAGCUCUGACACAACAAGCUCUGACACAACAAGUUCUGAUACAACAAGCUCAGACACAACUUCAUCAGAUACAACAUCAUCGGAUACAACAACAUCUGAUACAACUUCAUCAGAUACAACAGCAUCGGAUACAACGAGCUCAGAUACAACUUCAUCAGAUACAACAUCAUCGGAUACAACGAGCUCAGACACAACUUCAUCAGACACAACAUCGUCAGAUACAACUAGCUCUGAUACUACAUCAUCGGAUACAACAAACUCUGACACAACAAGCUCAGACACAACUUCAUCUGAUACAACCUCUUCUGACACAACUAACUCUGAUACAACAUCUUCAGAUACGACGAGCUCUGAUACAACAUCAUCUGAUACAACGAGCUCUGAUACUACAUCAUCAGAUACAACAAGCUCCGAUACAACCAGCUCUGACACGACAUCAUCUGAUACGACAAGCUCUGACAUGACAUCAUCGGAUACAACAAGCUCUGAUACAACCUCAUCUGACACAACAUCAUCGGAUACAACUGGCUCUGAUACAACAUCGUCUGAUACAACGAACUCUGACACAACAUCAUCGGAUACAACAAGCUCUGACACGACAUCAUCAGAUACGACAAGCUCUGACACGACUUCAUCGGAUACAACAAGCUCGGAUACAACAUCUUCAGAUACAACGAGCUCUGAUGCAACAUCAUCAGAUACAACUAGCUCAGACACAACAUCAUCGGAUACAACGAGUUCGGAUACAACAUCAUCAGAUACAACAAGCUCAGAUACAACUUCAUCUGAUACUACAUCAUCGGAUACAACAAGUUCUGAUCCCACGUCAUCAGAUACAACAGCGUCUGAUACGACGAGUUCAGAUACAACAUCUGAGUCCACCACUUCCUCAGAUACAACCAGUUCCGAUACGACAAGUUCAGAUACGACCAGCUCGGACUCCACAACCUCAUCCGAUGCGACGAGCUCUGACGCUACAACUUCUUCUGAUACCACAAACUCCGAUACUACCACUUCAGAUACCAUGCUUACUUCUAUACUUGUACCUAUCGGUUCUGAAACAACCUGCACGACUACAAGAGAUGGAGUUAUUAUAUCAACGGUAAUAACAAAAUCUCCCAAACUGUGCAUCGAUACAACUUGUAAAAUAUCAAUCGAAAUAACUGGAGGCAUAGAAGUAAUUACUAAAUGCUGUUGUACAGACAUAGUAGCUCCAAUGUCUUCAACGACGAUAGAUUCCACAACUGCCGCCGAUACAACCAGCUCGGAUAGCACGUCAUCUGAUGCAACAAGCUCAGACACGACUUCAUCGGAUACAACAUCAUCAGAUACAACAAGUUCUGAUACAACUUCAUCUGAUACUACAAGCUCUGAUACUACAUCAUCUGAUACAACGAGCUCGGACACAACUUCAUCUGAUACAACUUCAUCUGAUACAACUUCAUCGGAUACAACAAGCUCUGACACAACAUCAUCUGAUACAACAAGCUCGGAUACAACAUCAUCAGAUACAACAAGCUCGGACACAACAUCAUCUGAUACAACAAGUUCUGAUACGACGUCUUCUGACACAACUUCAUCUGAUACAACCAUUUCUGACACAACAACAUCAGACACAACAAUCACAGUGAUAACUACACCAUCGGGUAAUUGCUUACCUCCUACCGAAACUCAAAUUAUCACAUGUGAAACUACACAGUGUACUGUCAUCGUUCAAGGAGGAACCGUUAUAGUCACAAGGACUGUCACCAACACUGAAACAAUUACAACAGACGACAAUGGAGUAAUAACAACUCAAACGAAUGUAAUAACAACGACAGAGGUGGUUAUCAUCAAUAGCGAUGGAACCGCCACAGUACACCCCUUACCGCCAGGAAAAUCUGCGCUGGCAUUAGCGGAGACUGCCGAGGCUCACGUUUGUUCCUCGGGACAUUGUACGGUCAAACACGUUGAUGGAUCUGAGACGACGAUUGAUAACAAUACCCCAUCGAGACAAACAUCCCUGGUUUCGAGGAGCACACCACAAUCCAUAGUGUGUACUCCACAAAUUUGUGUAACUGUGAUGACAGAUGGGUCAACCUUUGUGGGACCGAAUACUUGCUCAACUACUGAUACCACGACUACAACAGGUUCGACAAUCACUGACUCAACCACCACAGAAACAACAUUAUCUGAUACAACAAGCUCUGACACAACAUCAUCUGAUACAACAAGCACUGAUACAACAAGCUCAGACACUACAUCAUCAGAUACAACCAGCUCAGAUUCAACAUCAUCAGAUACAACAAGCUCAGACACAACAACUUCUGAUACAACAAGCUCAGAUACAACUUCAUCUGAUACAACUGCAUCUGAUACAACUACAUCUGACACAACAAGCUCUGAUACGACAUCUUCUGAUACAACAUCAUCAGAUACAACAUCAUCAGACACAACUUCAUCUGAUACAACUUCAUCGGAUACUACAAACUCUGACACAACAUCAUCUGACACAACGGGCUCGGACACAACAAGCUCUGAUACAACAUCAUCUGACACAACAAGCUCUGAUACAACAUCAUCAGACACAACAUCAUCAGACACAACUUCAUCGGAUACAACAUCAUCUGAUACUACAAGCUCUGAUACAACAUCUUCAGAUACGACGAGCUCUGACACAACUUCGUCUGACACAACAAGCUCAGAUACAACAUCAUCAGAUACAACAUCAUCAGACACAACUUCAUCUGAUACAACUUCAUCGGAUACUACAAGCUCUGAUACAACUUCAUCUGAUACAACAUCAUCAGAUACAACGAGCUCAGAUUCAACAUCAUCAGAUACAACAUCGUCUGAUACAACAUCAUCGGAUACAACAAGCUCUGAUACAACAUCGACUGAUACAACUUCAUCGGAUACAACAAGCUCUGACACAACAUCAUCUGAUACAACUUCAUCUGAUACAACAUCAUCAGAUACAACGAGCUCAGAUUCAACAUCAUCAGAUACAACAUCGUCUGAUACAACUUCAUCGGAUACAACAAGCUCUGAUACAACAUCAUCUGAUACAACUUCAUCGGAUACAACAUCAUCAGAUACAACGAGCUCGGACACAACUUCAUCUGAUACAACAUCAUCUGAUACAACGAGCUCGGAUACAACAAGCUCUGAUACAACAUCGUCUGAUACAACUUCAUCGGAUACAACGAGCUCUGAUACAACUUCAUCGGAUACAACAAGCUCUGAUACAACAUCGUCUGAUACAACUUCAUCGGAUACUACAAGCUCUGACACAACAUCAUCUGAUACAACAAGCUCUGACACAACUUCAUCGGAUACAACUUCAUCUGAUACAACAUCAUCAGAUACAACGAGCUCAGAUUCAACAUCAUCAGAUACAACAUCGUCUGAUACAACUUCAUCGGAUACAACAAGCUCUGAUACAACAUCAUCUGAUACAACUUCAUCGGAUACAACAUCAUCAGAUACAACGAGCUCGGACACAACUUCAUCUGAUACAACAUCAUCUGAUACAACUUCAUCGGAUACAACAAGCUCUGAUACAACAUCGUCUGAUACAACUUCAUCGGAUACUACAAGCUCUGACACAACAUCAUCUGAUACAACAAGCUCUGACACAACUUCAUCGGAUACAACUUCAUCUGAUACAACAUCAUCAGAUACAACGAGCUCAGAUUCAACAUCAUCAGAUACAACAUCGUCUGAUACAACUUCAUCGGAUACAACAAGCUCUGAUACAACAUCAUCUGAUACAACUUCAUCGGAUACAACAUCAUCAGAUACAACGAGCUCGGACACAACUUCAUCUGAUACAACAUCAUCUGAUACAACUUCAUCGGAUACAAUAAGCUCUGAUACAACAUCAUCUGAUACAACUUCAUCGGAUACAACAUCAUCAGAUACAACGAGCUCGGACACAACUUCAUCUGAUACAACAUCAUCUGAUACAACUUCAUCGGAUACAACAAGCUCUGACACAACAUCAUCUGAUACAACAAGCUCUGACACAACUUCAUCGGAUACAACUUCAUCUGAUACAACAUCAUCAGAUACAACAAGCUCAGAUACAACAUCAUCAGAUACAACAUCAUCAGACACAACUUCAUCUGAUACAACUUCAUCGGAUACAACAUCAUCAGAUACAACGAGCUCAGAUUCAACAUCAUCAGAUACAACUUCAUCGGAUACAACAAGCUCUGAUACAACAUCGUCUGAUACAACUUCAUCGGAUACAACAAGCUCUGAUACAACAUCAUCUGAUACAACUUCAUCGGAUACAACAUCAUCAGAUACAACGAGCUCGGACACAACUUCAUCUGAUACAACAUCAUCUGAUACAACUUCAUCGGAUACAACUUCAUCUGAUACUACAAGCUCUGAUACAACAUCUUCAGAUACGACAAGCUCUGACACAACUUCGUCUGACACAACAAGCUCAGAUACAACAUCAUCAGAUACAACGAGUUCAGACACAACUUCAUCGGAUACAACGUCAUCAGAUACAACAUCAUCAGACACAACUUCAUCUGAUACAACUUCAUCGGAUACAACAAGCUCUGAUACAACAUCGUCUGAUACAACUUCAUCGGAUACAACAAGCUCUGAUACAACAUCAUCUGAUACAACUUCAUCGGAUACAACAAGCUCUGACACAACAUCAUCUGACACAACGGGCUCGGACACAACAAGCUCUGAUACAACAAGCUCUGACACAACAUCAUCUGAUACAACUUCAUCUGAUACAACAUCAUCUGACACAACAAGCUCGGACACAACUUCAUCUGAUACAACGUCAUCAGAUACAACUUCAUCUGAUACAACUUUAUCGGAUACUACAGGCUCUGAUACAACUAGCUCGGACACAACUUCAUCUGAUACAACGUCAUCAGAUACAACUUCAUCUGAUACAACUUUAUCGGAUACUACAAGCUCUGAUACAACUAGCUCGGACACAACUUCAUCAGAUACAACAAGCUCUGACACAACAUCAUCUGAUACAACUUCAUCUGAUACAACAUCAUCAGAUACAACGAGCUCAGACACAACUUCAUCUGAUACAACUUUAUCGGAUACUACAAGCUCUGAUACAACAAGCUCGGACACAACAUCAUCAGAUACAACAUCAUCGGACACAACAUCAUCUGAUACAACUUCAUCGGAUACAACAAGUUCUGACACAACUUCAUCUGAUACAACAAGCUCGGAUACAACAUCAUCAGAUACAACGAGCUCGGACACAACAUCAUCAGAUACAACAUCAUCUGAUGCAACAUCAUCGGAUACAACAAGCUCUGAUACGACGUCUUCUGACACAACUUCAUCUGAUACAACCAUUUCUGACACAACAACAUCAGACACAACAAUAACAGUGAUAACUACACCAUCUGGUAAUUGCUUACCUCCUACUGAAACUCAAAUUAUCACAUGUGAAACUACACAGUGUACUGUCAUCGUUCAAGGAGGAACUGUCGUGGUAACGAGGACUGUCACCAACACUGAAACAAUUACAACAGACGACAAUGGAGUAAUAACAACUCAAACGAAUGUAAUAACAACGACAGAGGUGGUUAUCAUCAAUAGCGAUGGAACCGCCACCGUACACCCCUUACCGCCAGGAAAAUCUGCGCUGGCAUUAGCGGAGACUGCCGAGGCUCACGUUUGUUCCUCGGGACAUUGUACGGUCAAACACGUUGAUGGAUCUGAGACGACGAUUGAUAACAAUACCCCAUCGAGGCAAACAUCCCUGGUGUCGAGGAGUACACCACAAUCCAUAGUGUGUACUCCACAAAUUUGUGUAACUGUUAUGACGGAUGGGUCAACCUUUGUGGGACCGAAUACUUGCUCAACUACUGAUACCACGACUACAACAGGUUCGAUAAUCACUGACUCAACCAUCACAGAUACAACACCAUCUGAUACAACAAGCUCUGACACAACAUCAUCAGAUACAACAAGCUCUGAUACAACAAGCUCAGACACUACAUCAUCAGAUACAACAAGCUCAGAUUCAACAUCAUCAGAUACAACAAGCUCUGACACAACAUCAUCAGAUACAACUUCUUCUGAUACAACAAGCUCUGACACAACAUCAUCAGACUCAACAUCAUCUGAUACGACGAGCUCUGAUACAACAAGUUCUGAUACAACAAGCUCAGACACUACAUCUUCUGAUACAACUUCAUCUGAUACAACUGCAUCUGACACAACAAGCUCUGAUACGACAUCUUCUGAUACAACAUCAUCAGAUACAACAUCAUCAGACACAACUUCAUCGGAUACAACAUCAUCUGAUACAACAUCAUCUGAUACAACAUCAUCUGAUACAACAUCAUCUGAUACAACAAGCUCUGACACAACAUCAUCAGAUACAACUUCUUCUGAUACCACGAGCUCUGAUACAACAUCAUCGGAUACAACAAGCUCUGACACCACAUCAUCAGAUACAACAUCAUCAGAUACAACAAGCUCUGACACAACAUCAUCUGAUACAACUAGCUCUGAUACAACAAGCUCUGACACAACUUCUUCUGAUACCACGAGCUCUGAUACAACAUCAUCAGACUCAACUUCAUCCGAUACGACGAGCUCUGAUACAACAUCAUCGGAUACAACAAACUCUGACACAACAUCAUCAGAUACAACAAGCUCUGACACAACAUCAUCAGAUACAACUUCUUCUGAUACCACGAGCUCAGAUACAACAAGCUCUGACACAACCUCAUCAGAUUCUUCAACUGCCGUACCAGUUUCUGGCUCUGUAACAACGUGUACAACCGACAGUAAUGGGAUAGUAACAGUAACUAGUACGUCUUCACCAAGCCCUUGUAGUGAAACUUCCUGUACAGUGACGACUGGAACAAGUGGUGGUGUGCCAUUUAGAACUGAAUGCUGCUGCGUGGAUUACGGAACUACUGUUUCAGGUGCAAUAACAGAUUCAACUAGCUCAGAUACAACGAGCUCUGAUACGACUUCAUCGGAUACAACAUCAUCUGAUACAACGAGCUCUGACACUACAUCAUCUGACACAACAUCAUCAGAUUCCACAAGCUCUGAUACAACUUCAUCGGAUACAACUACAUCAGAUACAACGAGCUCUGAUACUACAAGCUCUGAUACGACUUCUACUGACACAACAAACUCUGAUACAACAUCAUCUGAUGCAACUUCUUCUGAUACAACAAGCUCUGACACAACAUCUUCAGAUACAACGAGCUCUGAUACUACUUCAUCGGAUACAACAUCAUCUGAUACUACGAGCUCUGAUACGACAUCAUCUGAUACGACGAGCUCUGACACAACAUUAUCGGACACAACAUCAUCGGACACAACAUCAUCAGACACAACAAGCUCUGACACAACUUCAUCGGAUACAACAUCAUCAGAUACAACUUCAUCAGAUACUACGAGCUCUGAUACAACUUCAUCUGAUACAACAAGCUCUGACACAACCUCAUCAGAUUCUUCAACUGCCGUACCAGUUUCUGGCUCUGUAACAACGUGUACAACCGAAAGUAAUGGGAUAGUAACAGUAACUAGUACGUCUUCACCAAGCCCUUGUAGUGAAACUACCUGUACAGUGACGACUGGAAUAAGUGGUGGUGUGCCAUUUAGAACUGAAUGCUGCUGCGUGGAUUACGGAACUACUGUUUCAGGUGCAAUAACAGAUUCAACAAGCUCAGAUACAACAUCAUCAGAUACAACGAGCUCUGACACCACAUCAUCUGAUACAACAUCAUCAGAUACCACAAGCUCUGAUACAACUUCUUCGGAUACAACUACAUCAGAUACAACGAGCUCUGAUACUACAAGCUCUGAUACGACUUCUUCUGAUACAACAAGCUCUGACACAUCAUCUGAUACAACUUCGUCUGACACCACAAGCUCUGACACAACAUCAUCUGAUACAACAAGCUCUGACACAACAUCAUCUGAUACCACUUCUUCUGAUUCCACGAGCUCGGACACAACAUCAUCUGAUACAACAAGCUCAGACACGACUUCAUCGGAUACAACAUCAUCAGAUACAUCUUCAUCAGAUACUACGAGUUCUGAUACAACAUCAUCAGAUACAACAAGCUUUGAUACAACAUCUUCAGAUACAACUUCAUCGGACACAACAUCUUCAGAUACAACAAGCUCUGACACAACCUCAUCAGAUUCUACAACUGCCGUGCCAGUUUCUGGCUCUGUAACAACAUGUACAACCGAAAGUAAUGGGAUAGUAACAGUAACUACUACGUCUUCACCAAGCCCUUGUAGUCAAACUUCAUGUACAGUGACGACUGGCACAAAUAAUGGUGUGCCAUUUAGAACUGAGUGUUGCUGCGUGGAUUACGGAACUACUGUUUCGGGUGCAAUAACAGAUUCAACAAGCUCUGAUACAACAUCUUCAGAUACAACGAGCUCUGAUACCACUUCAUCGGAUACAACAUCAUCUGAUACAACGAGCUCUGACACAACAUCAUCUGACACAACAUCAUCUGACACAACAUUAUCAGAUACCACAAGCUCUGAUACAACUUCUUCGGAUACAACAAGCUCUGACACAUCAUCUGAUACAACUUCGUCUGAUACCACAAGCUCUGACACAACAUCAUCUGAUACAACAAGCUCUGAUACAACAUCUUCGGAUACAACUUCAUCGGACACAACAUCUUCAGAUACAACAAGCUCUGACACAACCUCAUCAGAUUCUUCAACUGCCGUACCAGUUUCUGGCUCUGUAACAACGUGUACAACCGAAAGUAAUGGGAUAGUAACAGUAACUAGUACGUCUUCACCAAGCCCUUGUAGUGAAACUUCCUGUACAGUGACGACUGGAACAAGUGGUGGUGUGCCAUUUAGAACUGAAUGCUGCUGCGUGGAUUACGGAACUACUGUUUCAGGUGCAAUAACAGAUUCAACAAGCUCUGAUACAACGAGCUCUGAUACGACUUCGUCGGAUACAACAUCAUCUGAUACAACGAGCUCUGACACUACAUCAUCUGACACAACAUCAUCAGAUACCACAAGCUCUGAUACAACUUCUUCAGAUACAACUACAUCAGAUAUAACGAACUCUGAUACAACAAGCUCUGACACAGCUUCUACUGACACAACAAGCUCUGAUACAACAUCAUCUGAUACAACUUCUUCUGAUACAACAAACUCUGACACAACAUCAUCUGAUACAACUUCAUCUGAUACAACAAGCUCUGACACAACAUCUUCAGAUACAACGAGCUCUGAUACUACUUCAUCGGAUACAACAUCAUCUGAUACUACGAGCUCUGAUACGACAUCAUCUGAUACGACGAGCUCUGACACAACAUCAUCGGACACAACAUCAUCGGACACAACAUCAUCGGACACAACAUCAUCGGACACAACAAGCUCUGACACGACCUCAUCGGAUACAACAUCAUCAGAUACAACUUCAGCAGAUACUACGAGUUCUGAUACAACAUCAUCUGAUACAACAAGCUCUGAUACAACAUCAUCCGAUACAACUUCUUCUGAUUCCACGAGCUCUGAUACAACAAGCUCUGACACAACAUCAUCUGAUACAACGAGCUCAGACACGACUUCAUCGGAUACAACAUCUUCAGAUACAACUUCAUCAGAUACUACGAGCUCUGAUACAACGUCAUCUGAUACAACAAGCUCUGAUACAACAUCAUCGGAUACAACUUCAUCGGACACAACAUCUUCAGAUACAACAAGCUCUGACACAACCUCAUCAGAUUCUUCAACUGCCGUUCCAGUUUCUGGCUCUGUAACAACGUGUACAACCGACAGUAAUGGGAUAGUAACAGUAACUAGUACGUCUUCACCAAGCCCUUGUAGUGAAACUUCCUGUACAGUGACGACUGGAACAAGUGGUGGUGUGCCAUUUAGAACUGAAUGCUGCUGCGUGGAUUACGGAACUACUGUUUCAGGUGCAAUAACAGAUUCAACUAGCUCUGACACUACAUCAUCUGACACAACAUCAUCAGAUACCACAAGCUCUGAUACAACUUCUUCAGAUACAACUACAUCAGAUACAACGAACUCUGAUACAACAAGCUCUGACACAGCUUCUACUGACACAACAAGCUCUGAUACAACAUCAUCUGAUACAACUUCUUCUGAUACAACAAACUCUGACACAACAUCAUCAGAUACAACAAGCUCUGACACAACAUCAUCAGAUACAACUUCUUCUGACACCACGAGCUCUGAUACAACAUCAUCAGACUCAACUUCAUCCGAUACGACGAGCUCUGACACAACAUCAUCUGAUACAACAAACUCCGAUACAACUUCAUCGGAUACGACAAGCUCGGACACAACAUCAUCAGAUACAACUAGCUCUGACACAACAUCGUCGGAUACAACAUCAUCGGAUACAACAAACUCCGAUACAACUUCAUCGGAUACAACAAGUUCUGACACUACAUCUUCAGAUACAACGAGCUCUGAUACCACUUCAUCGGAUACAACAUCAUCUGACACUACGAGUUCUGAUACGACAUCAUCUGAUACGACGAGCUCUGAUACAACAUCAUCGGACACAACAAGCUCUGAUACUACUUCAUCUGACACAACAUCAUCAGAUACAACAAGCUCUGAUACAACUUCUUCGGACACAACAUCAUCAGAUACAACAAGCUCUGAUACAACUUCUUCGGACACAACUUCAUCAGAUUCAACGAGCUCUGAUACUACAUCAUCUGACACAACAUCAUCGGAUACAACAAGCUCUGACUCGACUUCAUCGGAUACAACAUCAUCAGACACAACAAGCUCGGAUACAACAGUAUCUGAUACAACAAGCUCUGACACAUCAUCUUCUGAUACAACAAGUUCUGAUACAACUUCAUCAGAUACAACAAGCUCUGACACAACUUCAUCAGAUACAACAUCAUCUGAUACAACGAGCUCUGAUACAACAGCAUCAGAUACAACUUCAUCAGACACAACAAGCUCUGAUUCAACGAGCUCAGAUACGACAAGCUCUGACACAACAUCAUCGGAUACAACAAGCUCUGACUCGACUUCAUCGGAUACAACAUCAUCAGACACAACAAGCUCGGAUACAACAGUAUCUGACACAACAAGCUCUGACACAUCAUCUUCUGAUACAACAAGUUCUGAUACAACUUCAUCAGAUACAACAAGCUCUGACACAACGAGUUCUGAUACAACUUCAUCAGAUACAACAUCAUCUGAUACAACGAGCUCUGAUACAACGGCAUCGGAUACAACUUCAUCAGACACAACAAGCUCUGAUUCAACGAGCUCAGAUACGACAAGCUCUGACACAACAUCGUCUGAUACAACAAUCUCUGAUACAACGUCAUCAGAUACAACUACUUCAGAUACAACAAACUCAGACACAACUCUAUCAGAUACGACUACCUCAGUUUCUACUACGACAGCGGUUAGCUGUGUACCACCAACAGAAACUCAAAUUAUCACAUGUGCUACGGAACAGUGUACUGUCGUCGUACAGGGAGGAACUGUCGUGGUAACGAAGACUGUCACCAACACUGAAACAGUUACAACGAACAACAAUGGAGUAGUUACAACUCAAACAAACGUUAUAACAACGGUGGAAUUGGUCAUAAUCAAUAGCGACGGAACCGCAACCACACUGCCCUCGGCUCCCGGAAAGUCUGCGCUGGUCUUAGCGCGCUCCGGUGAUGCACACGUUUGUUUCUCGGGGCAUUGUACGAUUAAAAAUGUUGACGGAUCGGAGAUUUCAAUUGAUAACAGCAACAAAUUGCGAUAUAAUUCUCGAGUAUCGAGAAGUACACCACAAUCCGUAGUAUGUACUCAGCAAAUUUGUAUUACGGUUCUCACCGAUGGGUCAACAUUUGUUGGGCCGAAUACUUGUACAACUACUGAUACCACGACUACCGUUGCUACAACGAUCAGUGAACCAACCAGCACAGAUACAACAAUAUCUGAUACAUCGAUCUCUGACACAACGAGCUCUGACACAACGUCAUCAGAUACAACAAGCUCUGAUACAACAUCAUCGGAUACAACGAACUCCGACACUACCGCUUCAGAUACAACAGCAUCUGACACAACUUCUUCCGCCACAACGUCGUCUGACACAACACUCUCUUUUGCAACAAGCACAGACACCACAACAACAGAGACGACAACGAGCAAUUCGAUCAACGGGUUGCUAGAUUCUUUGCAGGGUAUCUACUCGUCGUUGGGCAACCUGAACCAGUACCUCGGUAAUGAGGUGCUGCAAUCCAGCGACGAAACGUACGGUUUACCCGAGUAUGGGGCAAAUCACCAUCGACCGAGUAAUCACUGGAACAACCACCACAAUCAUAACCACGGCAACCAUCACCAUGGUAACCAUCACUAUUACUCACAACCUGCGGCGAACGCCGGUCGUCCGUCGGGGCACGAUGGCCACUACAACGACAACCAUAGCCAGAAUGAUGACCAGUACUAUCCCGGUCUGUACUACGGUGGAUGGAAGCGUAGCAGUCCAUUCGAUUUCCUAAACAAACCGCUGCGAAGAUUCAACGUGAAACGGAACUAAAUGGAACUUAGCAAUAUGCAAUAAACUGGAAUCACUUAUCGAGAAAUGUAA